GCAGGCACAUGCACAUCGGCGCCACUCGUCGGAACGCGCGUUCCUGCUUUAAGGGGCUUUUAUUUCGUCGUAUUUUUCACGCUCUCGUGAUCGCGCAGUAUCGUUCGUGACUCGCUUUUGACAGCGCAAGAUUGCUCCUGCUCGCGCGAGAGGAGUGUAAGGAUCUCCCGAAAGUAACGGCGACAUCGAACACGGCCAAGAUGCAGCUGGGUCUGGCACCGAAGACCAUCAAGUACUUGAUGUUCGCGUUCAACUUGUUCUUCGUGAUCACAGGGAUAGUACUGUUAUCAAUUGGCUUGGUCAUCCACGGAGUCUACUAUCAAUAUCAACAUUUUCUCGACAAUAGUUUCUUGUCUGUACCAUCUCUUCUCGUAGCUGUAGGCGUUAUCGUCUUUAUUAUCGCGUUCUUCGGAUGCUGCGGAGCCGUUCGUGAAAGCUCCUGCAUGAUAAUAACGUUCUGCACGCUUCUAACCGCGGUCUUCAUACUGGAAAUUAUAGGCGGAACGAUGGGCUACGUGAUGAGGACGCGGGUCGCGUCUAUCGCCGAGGAAAAGAUGCUGAAGACGAUGCCCAAGUACAACGAUAGUCAGGAGAUCCGAAUCGUCUGGGACAAUCUGCAACGAGACUUCGAAUGCUGCGGCACACGCAACGCCAGCGACUGGACGGAGAAAAACUUGACGAUGGGUAUCCCGAUGUCGUGCUGCGAUCAACCGAUAGGUGCUAUCGGCUCAAUGAAUUGCACGACGGACUCACCGACGCUGCAUCACGAAGGUUGCAUGGAUGCGUUUGCGCAUUUUGCGGAGAAACACGCGGCCAAAAUAGCGGGCGUCGGCUUGACCCUCGCUGUGAUUCAGCUGAUAGGCAUCUUCCUGUCAUCCUAUCUAGUAAGAUCAAUCAGGAAUUCUUACCAGACCAUGUAAAGUGCCAUGCGAACACCAAGCGUACAGGAUUUAGUGUUUGUCUUUAAAUUAGAAUUAGAUGUCAGAGUUAUUGCUGGAUUUUUAAUGAAGAUAUAGAAUUCUCAUAUAUAUAUAUAUAUGUAUAUAUAUAUAUGAUCCUAAUGGAUUGCCAAUCUGAUUGCCGUGAAUACAUUAUUUGUCAAUGUAAGGGUAACCAUUUUUGCUACGUGAUAUUUGGCAUCGCAUAUUUUUAAUAAAAUAUUUUUCAUCGUCAAAUA